GUCAGCGACUAUAAGGAAGGGCACAUCCUCGCCCUGGAAGCAAUCAGUCUCGACAACCCAGCAACGACAGACUUCGCCCGCCGCCUGGACCAAUUAUCUCGGUGUAGCCCAUACCAUUAUCGCAACCUGUUCUCCACCAUGCCGUACGUGCAGACCACUUUCCUCAACCUUCCGAUCAGCGACCUUUCCCAAUCAAUUGCGUUUUACACGUCGCUGGGCUUUGUUCAAAAUCACACCUUUUCCAGCUCUACGUCCGCCAUGGUCUCCCUCCCCAUUCCGACUCACUUUGCGACUCCGCAUGAAUCUCCGAUUAAAAUCAUGUUGCUCUGCCAUGAUUUCUUCAAUACAUUCCUUCCCCCAAACAGGACAUUGGCCGAUGCAAAGAAAACAACGCAGAUGCUCUUUUGCGUUAGCCGGGAGAGCAGAGAAGCAGUAGACGAGAUGGUGGAGAAGGCAGCGGAAAGCGGAGCGAAGGUGGAUAUCUGCAAAAAAAACGAAGCGCAAGAAAAGGCUGAGAAGGAUUCAGGAAUGUAUGGCCGCAACUUUGAAGAUCCAGAUGGACACAUUGUGGAGGUCGUGUAUAUGCCGGUCCAGUGCUAUGAGGGAAAGGAGUGAUCUGCCGUUGGUUUUGCGUACGACCAGUGAAGGAUUUGACUUGUGAACAUUUCAAUGGAGCCCAACCUCGCUCUGCAGAAAAGUGUGAAGGAAGAAUAAUCGUGGAGCUCAAUUUCAACAGUUUCUCGGGACAUGUUAUCACAGUAGUUCCAUGAGAAUUGGUUACCGUCACCCCCUGGGGCCUCUAACGGCCCUUUCCUGAAACAAGAGCCAUUCU